UAUGAAUGUAUAAUUGUUGUGAUUUCUUGGUGAUAACAGCUGUGAACAGCGUUGCUAUUGAUCGUGUGAAACGCGUAUUUCUCGAAAAUGGUCUUCAAAUUGCUGACAGCUUCUUCUGCCUGGCAAAAAGCCUUUAAAAAUACGAAUAGGUGGUCAAAGACAGUUCUUAUUUCGCUUCAGUCAAAAUAUUCUACUAUCAAGGCUCAGCCAGCCAGUCUUGUUUUACAAAAUGGAACAACUAUGCAAGGUUAUUCAUUUGGUGAACCCGUAUCAACAUCAGGAGAGGUUGUAUUUAAUACUGGACUUGUAGGUUAUCCAGAAGCACUCACUGAUCCCAGUUACCGUGGACAGAUUUUAACUUUAACGUAUCCAAUUAUUGGGAACUAUGGUGUGCCAGACACAGCUGCUGUUGAUGAAUAUGGACUUUUAAAACAUGUUGAGUCAAACAAAAUUCAUGCUUCUGCAUUACUCGUGCAAGAUUAUACUGAUGGCUAUAGCCACUGGAAUGCUGUGAAAUCAUUAUCUGAAUGGCUAAAGGAAGAGAAAAUCCCAGCGCUGUUUGGCAUUGAUACAAGAAUGUUAACCAAAAUUGUUCGUGAUAGUAAUACAACAUUGGGAAAAAUUGUUUUUGAAGGCGAUCCAAUUGAGUUUGAUGAUCCAAACCAGAGAAAUCUAAUUGCUGAAGUGUCAACUCAGAAUGUUCAAAUAUUUGGCAAAGGAAACCCAAGUAAAGUGAUAGCUAUAGAUUGUGGAAUCAAACACAAUAUUAUAAGAAAUCUUGUUAAGCGAGGUGCAGAAGUGCAUCUGGUGCCAUGGAACUAUGAUUUCACUGGUGAACAAUUUGAUGGUUUGUUUAUAUCAAAUGGACCUGGUGAUCCUGCUAUGGCCCACAGCACAAUAGAAAAUGUUGCAAAGGUAAUAGAGAGAGGUGACAUUCCCGUGUUUGGAAUCUGUAUGGGAAACCAGAUUGUCGGUUUAGCGGCUGGAGCGGAAACUUAUAAACUUCCCUUAGGAAACAGAGGCCACAACCAACCAGUUGUUAACCUACUAAAUGGACAAGCCUUCAUUACGUCACAAAAUCACGGCUUCGCUUUGGACGAGAGCAAGUUGCCUGAGCAAUGGAAACCGCUUUUUAGAAAUGCAAACGAUAUGACAAACGAAGGUGUGAUGCACAUAACCAAACCAAUCUUCACAGCACAAUUCCAUCCCGAAGCCUUCGGUGGACCUACGGAUACAGAGUUCUUAUUUGAUAAGUUCAUGAACUUGAUUCGUGAUAAGAAUGAAAGCGUAACAUCGACAAUGCUAGCAGCGCCACCCAAAGUUGAUCGUCAUCAGGUUUCCAAAGUUUUGGUACUCGGCUCAGGAGGCCUGUCCAUCGGUCAGGCUGGCGUUGAUUAUUCCGGAUCACAAGCUGUAAAAGCGUUAAAGGAGGAAGGAGUUGAAGUCGUUUUGAUGAAUCCAAAUAUUGCAUCGGUUCAAACAAACGCCGAGGGAGAAAAACAGGCUGAUACGGUGUAUUUUGUGCCAAUUACUCCAGAGUACGUCGAGGAUGUAAUAAAGAAAGAAAAGCCCGAUGGUAUUUUGUUGUCUAUGGGUGGACAAACUGCUCUCAAUUGUGGUGUCGAGCUGUGGAAAUCUGGAGUUUUUGAUAAACACAAAGUUCAGGUUCUUGGAACAGCUGUAACGUCCAUAAUGGCUACAGAAGAUCGUCAAAUCUUUGCCGACCAAUUAAAAGACAUCGGAGAAAAGAUCGCUCCUAGUUUUGCUGUCCAUUCAGUUGAUGAAGCUGUUGAAGCGGCUUCGAAGAUUGGCUAUCCGGUUAUGGUUCGUGCCGCGUAUGCCUUGGGAGGUCUGGGUUCUGGUCUUUGUGCAAAUGAAGAAAAACUUAGAGAGACGACGACAAGGGCUUUUGCUUUGACUAAUCAAGCAUUGAUUGAGAAGUCCUUGCUUGGUUAAGAAAUUGAAUAUGAAGUUGUAAGAGAUGCUUCUGAUAAUUGUGUCACAGUUUGUAAUAUGGAGAACUUUGAUCCGCUCGGUGUUCAUACAGGGGACUCAAUUGUUGUUGCACCUAGUCAAACGUUAUCGAACGAAGAAUAUCACAUGCUUCGUGAAACUGCGAUAAAGGUUGUGAGACACUUGGGGAUAGUCGGGGAAUGUAAUAUACAAUAUGCGCUUCAUCCAGCGUCGUUGGAAUACUGUAUUAUUGAAGUGAAUGCACGACUCUCCAGAAGCUCUGCUCUCGCAUCGAAAGCCACCGGAUAUCCUCUUGCGUUUAUUGCUGCAAAACUUGCCCUAGGCAUACCGCUUCCCGACAUAAAGAAUGCCACAACAGAACAGACUAGUGCUUGCUUUGAACCCAGUUUAGAUUAUAUUGUCACAAAGAUUCCUCGAUGGGAUUUGGAUCGUUUCCAUCAAACACCAAAGGAGAUUGGUAGCGCGAUGAAAAGUGUUGGCGAAGUGAUGGCAAUCGGGCGAACCUUCGAAGAGAGUUUUCAGAAGGCAAUGAGGAUGGUUCAUCCUUCCGUAAAUGGAUUUGUUAAAGAGGUACCUGUUGCGCAUCAAAAAGGUUGGAGCGAUGAUAUGGAACAGGCAUUGAAAAUUCCUUCAAACACCAGAGUAUACACCAUCGCUAAGGCCUUAUAUGAUGGAUACACGGUUGACGAUAUUCAUAAACUGACUUCAAUCGAUCCAUGGUUCUUGAAGAAGUUACAGAGGAUUGUUGAAAUUGAUCAAAAUCUUGCCAGUCUUGAUUGGGCAAAUAUUUGCACCUCACUUCUUGCAGAAGCAAAAGAAGCUGGAUUUUCUGAUCGGCAAAUUGGAAAGGCCAUAGGUGUUUCUGAAGUCGAUGUUCGUCAGAAACGCGUUGAAUCUAAUAUUAAACCUUGGGUAAAACAGAUCGAUACAAUGGCAGCCGAGUAUCCUGCGAUGACCAAUUAUUUGUACAUGACCUACAAUGGAAAGGAGCACGAUCUGAAGUUUGAUGAACACGGUGUCAUGGUACUGGGUUGUGGUCCUUACCAUAUUGGUAGCAGUGUCGAGUUUGAUUGGUGUGCUGUAUCUGCCAUACGAACUUUACGCAAGCUCGGCAAGAAGACGGUCGUUGUCAACCAUAAUCCUGAAACUGUGAGCACGGAUUAUGACGAGUGCGAUCGUCUGUACUUCGAAGAGUUGUCUUUAGAAAGGGUUCUAGAUAUCUACCAACAAGAGCUAUGUGAAGGAACUAUCGUAUCUGUUGGUGGUCAAAUACCAAACAAUCUAGCUCUUCCGCUCUAUGAACAAGGCGUUAAUGUCCUUGGUACUUCACCUUUGAUGAUCGAUGCUGCUGAAGAAAGAUCGAGAUAUUCACAAAUCUUAGAUGAGAUGGGUAUCGAACAAGCCCCAUGGAGAGCUUUGCACUCAGUGAAUGACGCCUUGGAGUUCGCUGCAAGCGUUGGCUAUCCUUGCUUGUUGAGGCCGUCCUAUGUUCUUAGUGGCUCUGCCAUGAAUGUGGCUUAUGGACCAGAAGAAUUGCUACGAUUUUUAAGUGAUGCAUCCAGAGUUUCGCAGGAACAUCCUGUCGUAAUAACAAAAUUCAUCGAAAAUGCCAAAGAAAUUGAAAUGGACGCCGUCGCUCAAAACGGAGAGGUCGUCACGUUCGCCAUAACGGAGCAUGUUGAAAAUGCCGGGGUACAUUCUGGUGACGCCACAUUGGUUCUUCCUCCGCAAAACAUCAACGAAGGAGUUAUAAAACUGGUGAAGGAAGCGACAAGAAAAAUAGCCAAGAAAUUUGAGAUUUCUGGUCCAUUUAACACACAGUUUUUAUCGAAAGAUGGCCACGUUAUGGUGAUUGAAACGAAUUUGCGUGCCUCCCGUUCGUUUCCCUUCGUUUCCAAGACAACAGGAAAAGAUUUCAUCUCCGUGGCAACAAAAGUGAUGACGAAUAAUCCUCUGGAAGUUUACGAUCGUCGUCCACUAGAAUCGCCUUUGCUCCCUUCAGGUUUUGUUGGCAUUAAGGCACCAAUGUUUUCUUGGCCGCGACUUCGUGACGCUGAUCCUGUUCUGAAAUGUGAAAUGGCGUCUACUGGAGAAGUUGCAUGCUUUGGUCCUAACAUUCACACUGCAUUCCUCAAGGCUUUGCUUUCUACCGGUUUUAAAGUACCAAAGAAAGCAAUUUUGGUUGGAAUUCAGCAUUCAUUCCAGUCUGAUUUUCUGCCAACCGCUUAUCAACUUUAUCGUCUUGGAUUUGAUAUAUAUGCGACGCAGGCGACCGCCAAGUAUCUCAAUGCUCACAAGAUUCCAGCUAAAAUCGCUCAGUGGCCGCUCAAAGAUGAGGGACCGGACCCAAGUGCAACCAGAUUGAUAGAGGAUAGAGUUGUAGAUCUUGUUAUUAAUCUACCGAAUCAAAACACAAAAUACACCGAAGAUAACUAUCUUAUUCGUCGAGCGGCCAUUGAUUCAGGUGUUCCGCUUUUGACAAACUUCCAGGUCGUUCAACUUUUCGCAGAGGCGAUAGCCAAGGCACCGUAUGUGGACUCAGCCAGUCUGACUCAUUACCAAAAACCAUCACAAGCUAGCAGUGUUUAACUUCGUGACGAGAAAGUUUAGUGCAGAUAAGUGAUAUUUAUUCUUUUGUAGAACUCUAAAAAUAUUGAACAUAGUUGAACACGACUGUCUGUUUAGGAUGUAAAUAUGCUUCUUAUAUAGAUUGUGUAUAAAGAUCGUAUUUUUAUAUUUGUUGCUACCCUGGCGACGAUGUUCAACCGUUAAUGAUCGAAAUAAAAAAAUUCCAAGUCGUA